AUGAUAAGCCGCAAGAAAAUCAUCUCCCGAUCCACGGAUGACCUCGACUUGGACUCAGACAAAGUUACCGACGAUUCAUACGAUGACGACGUCUGGCAUUCAGAGGACAGACUCCUAAAGGAUCACAUCCAAGAAAUAUUACACAAAUGGGAGCGAAUUGAUGAUGAAAUUUGGGCAAAAAUAGUUUGUAUGCAAAAAAAUCGUCGGGUGGCCAAAGCCUAUGCUAGAGCACCGGUACUUACCAUCAAUGGCUCAUACAUUGGAUUCGAUGGCUAUCGUAUUGGACUCAAUGGAUUUGAUGGACCGCUUAAAGACACGCAAAUUGAGGAGAUCAGGGAUCACAUUGGCUCAGGGGUUAAAAUUAAGAUUGAUGAUGAGGGUAAUAUAUUAAUCAAACGUAUCGGCAAAGAGAAUGUCUUUGUAAAGGUCUGGCAACUGAUUGGACACAAAAAUAACUGUUUGGCCGACGAUUUGGUCAAAAACAAUGGCAUUUUGAUGAUUGAUAAGAGUGUCAAACUGUUUGAUAUGAAUAAGUUUGUCGAUAAUAUACAGAACGAACUCAAGAACUCAUACCCGGAUCGGAGACUACUUGAGUCACAAUGUAUAUCAUGUGUGGCUUUUGUACGCGACUGUCGCAACAUACUGGAGCUACCCAUUUGGAUAAUGAUUAUCAAUAUUGUGGCAUUGGAUCUGCUUAAAAGUAAACUUAUAGCACCGGUUGCCAAUAAAACGGGAAGUGGUGGUGUUAUCAGUGGAGUAGGUGCCGGCAUACCUACUUGUGAACCCAAAUUUGAACUCUACGGCGAUUGCCUGGAGUAUCAUAAGCCCAAUCCCUAUCACACUCAUGUAGAUCACCAUAACUGUAGUGCCAAUAAACUGACACUUCGCCGAUGGCGAGCACUAUAUGGUCCACUAUUGCCAUUGUUGCCGCCCAGGGAUGUGGAAAGGGAUGAAAAGAUACGUAAAUUAAAGGAAGAAUUAGAAGAAGUUAGAAUUAAAAUCGGAAAUAUUGGUAAAAAUAAUUUUUAUCUCUAA